UCAGUGUUGUGACUGUCUUACUUGUUGUGGCAAGAGACGCUGAGGGAUACAAAUCUUGAAAUCAGCAGCUGAUUGUAUGGGUCUAUUUUGAAAGAAAUGGACGCGUUCCCUCUUUGAAUGAUCUAUACGUCAGCUGAUUGAGGCUAAUCCAAGUCCCCAAGUCACACAGGUGCCCUGGUCUCCUGCAUCUCCAGGUAAAUGAAUACAGUUCACUUGGUUUGAGGAAUUGUCCGUCACCCGAAGGCAGUCUUGACAGGGACGUAAGCAGCUCUGAACGAUACUUCCUUGUGGGGAGUCAGGUUACCUUGACAACCGCAGGAUGCCUAACCAUAUGCGCUGGGACAGAGAAAAGACACGGCCGGAGAAGGAGGGAAAAGAGAACGAAAAGAGAGACAAAAAAAAGAGGCAAGGUACUUCCCGGCCACCAACUUUAUCUUCACAGAGUUUGUGUGUUUUGACAACAGGCCUGGUGGCUGCCAGUGGGCUGGGAUGGAGAGCCAAGGAGUGGAAUCCAACAAACUGUAAACAGAGGGCCAUGCGUGUCGCACUACGGCCACGCAGUGGUUGCCUGGUGCUCUGUCUGUGCCUGUCAGCUCUCACAUUGCUGCUGCAGAGCCUCUGGGUGCCACAUGAGAUGACCAAGGAUGAACCUGCUGGGAGGUCACCAGAGGAGCAGGGUCAGCGCGGUCUCGGCGUUCGUAGACUGGCUCUGCGUUUGGAGGCCCUGAGCACUCAGGUGCAGAGGCUGAGCAGAGAGAGAGAUGUGACCCAGCUGAGCAGAGAGGAUCUCAGUGUCAUACUACAGAGCUUCAGACAGGACCAGCAAGGCCUGGCCCGCUUGGUGGAGAAGGAGCUCAUGCGAGUGGCCCAGAAGCUCGAUCAGCUCGGCCGGAGUCACCAGCAUCAACAUCGCUCGAACACUCCAGCGCCGCAUGAUGACCUCAGAGCACAGAGAGGGCCCAAUGAGUGUGAGGUGCCAAUGGAUGCUGCGUAUCCGGUCUGUGCCGAAAAAGUGGAGUUCCUGCAGGUACGCUGGCAGUCGGACCCCUGCUAUGCUUUCUAUGGGGUGGAUGGCACAACCUGCUCCAUCUUGACUUACCUCAGCCACAUAGAAGAUUUUUGUCCACCGCGUUUUGAAAGGAACCACUCAGCGCUGCCAUGGCACAGGAAACCUCCCUCCAAUCCAGAGAAGGCUGCGAUACGUACGUCUCUGAGCCAACUGUACGAGGUCAUCGGCAACAGCAGCAGUGGACCUGCAUUAAACUUCAUCAGGUCCAGAGUGGAGAGGAUGUCUGAGCGCUGGAUACAAGCUGGUGUGAGGAUGAGGCAGAGCAGCAACAGGACGGUUGCAAGUCGGGUGCUGCUGUAUCCCGGUGCCCUGGCUGGGAGUGCUGGUCAGCGUUUUGAAGCCAUGGUGGAGAGAGGGGGUCCUCUGGGCGAGCUGGUCCAAUGGGCGGACCUCAGCGCUUGUCUGACAAUCCUGGGCCACAACGUGACCCUCAGCUCGUCACAGCGCCAACUCCACAGCCUGAUAGGUGCUGCUCCGGGCCGAGGCAGUUGUCCAAUCCAGAGGCCGCUACCCUUUGACCUCGUCUACACCGACUACCACGGUCUGGCUCACCUUCAGGGAGCCAUGGGACUGGCUUUCCAGCAUUACCAGUGCCGCUUCAGAAUCCUCGACUCUUUUGGCACCGAACCGGCCUUUAACCUGGAGAGUUACGCAAAUAGCCACGGAUACAAAACAUUGUGGGGCAGAUGGGGUCUGCGGCCUCUGCAGUUCAUGACCAUGUUCCCUCACACUCCUGAUAACUCCUUCCUGGGCUUUGUGAGCGAGGAGGCAGCGAGGGCGGACGUGAGAGAGGAGGAGCUGGAGCCAGAGACCUACAGGAAAGACAGGAUGGCAGUCGUCUAUGGAAAACAGGACUACAUGUGGCAGGCUAAAUCGGAGUAUGUGGAGGUGAUAAGCGAGGAGCUGGAGACCCACGCCACGGUCUACCAGCCUCCAGGACACUCAUCUAAUCUGCCCGGCUUCAUCACAAACCACGGCCUGCUGAGUCAGGAACACUUCCUACGACUUCUCCGCAGAGCCAAGGUGUUUGUAGGUCUUGGUUUCCCCUAUGAGGGUCCAGCUCCUAUUGAGGCAAUAGCUCUGGGCUGCGUCUUCCUUCAGCCAAAAUUUGACCCUCCACACUCAUCAGACAACAAUGACUUCUACAAGGGCAAACCCACUACAAGACAGAUCUCCUCCCAGCACCCUUAUGCCGAGGAGUUCAUUGGUCGACCUCAUGUGUGGACCGUGGACAUGGCCAACAGGACCGAUGUACGGGAGGCACUCAAAGCUAUUUUAAGCACCGAGGUGAAGCCUUUCACCCCCCGAGAGUUCACCUGUGAGGGGAUGCUGGAGCGGGUUCGUGGUUAUAUCACCCAUCAGGACUUCUGCAGUAAAUCUGUCCCUACGUGGCCCCCGGAGAGCGCUCUGAGGAUGCACCUGGGUCCCCUGGGCCAAUCCUGCGUUAGCGUGUGUCGACGCUCCUCCCUGGUGUGCGAGCCUGCUCUGUUUCACCACCUCAACAGUCCCUCUGCGUUUACCAGGCUUGGACUAGGUUGCGCCAGCAUGGGUCAGGAAGUCGACCAUCUUUUUCCCGCCUACAACCCUUGGGGCCGACACUGUGGUCUCCAGCAGGAGCCUCUACUGUUCAGUUGUGCCGGCUCCGACCCUUCGCACCGCAGACUGUGUCCCUGCAGAGCUCACCUGCCUGGACAGGUGGCGCUGUGCCCUGACUGCAUCUAAACACUAUGUGAAAGUACCUGGAAGAGAAGAGGAGAGGAUAAUAUGACCUGAGACAAACACCAAAGAGCCACCUGGAGUAUAUGUUGUACAGUUAAAGAUUUGAGACAUGAUUGACAGUUGAGACAGACCUGCCAUUGGUCGAGCAAAUGUAUCGAUGAGAGGAUCCAUCCUCCCAUCGCUACUGUGCAGACUCUGGCUACAAAUGAUCAUACUUCAUCUAUAUAUUGUAUUUCUGGAUAGUGGGAGGAAGAGGAGACGUGUUGUUAAUCUUUAUAUACAGUCUAUGAUCUCAACCAAAGAAAAAGCAAACUGUCCUGCCAAUGCUAAGUUGUGUGGUCUUGUGACCUACAUAGGCUGAAGGUGAAGUAUUAUCUCAGAGUAUUUAUAUCAAUAUGCACACGAGUUGAAACUCAGCAGUUUUCAGGGCCCCAUAGAAUCAUCUCAGUCAGCACCACUGACAUUUAGUCUUUUAUAACAGAACGCAUCACAAAACAAAUUAAGCAGUCGCUGACAUUAACGAUUAUCAAUUUUUAUAAUGAUAUGAGAGAGGUUGUGCCAAGUUAUGAAUGUCACUGAAUUUGUCCGGUUCAAUUUGUUUUGUUUUUGUAAAGACCGUCAUUACUCAGGAACCAUAAAAUGAAAGACUGUCAUUAGUUGAAAUGUCAAGGGACCAGGAUUCAAGGCCUGGUGUUUCAUUGCGUCGAAAAAACAAAAUGCCUCUUGUGGUUGUUGUAGCUUUUCCUCGAUCCCUUGAGCAAAUUAAAUGACGGCAACGUGCUCUCGAGGGAAAUAUUGUUAAGGUGUGUUGAAAUGGAGGGAAGCGGCACCAAAGACCUAAAAAAGCAGCUCAGCUCUCAGAGUUUAACUUUUCGUCUCACACAACAGUACAGUGCAAUUCAAUGUUAUGCUGAAUAAGUAUCCAAUCAGUCAUCCGUUUACAGUAAGUGGUCAGUGUUGCAUGGGAUUAAAGCUUCUCAGUGUAUCGCCGGUUGCUGAUAUUAGCCUGGCCCUCGGAGGAGCGAGGGUGACAGCCUAAGUGAUGAGGCUCAUUAUCUGAGUGAAUCAUGGAUAACCUUUGGAGGCCUCCGGGAGGUCACAGCCAUAAGACGAUGAUUAUACUGUCAUAUACACCAAUGGUUCCCAACCGUCUUUGACUUAGGAAAACCCCUCAGCUCUGUUUAAAUCGGCCAGUAAAGGCAGACCUCAUUGUUUGUCUUUCAAACACAUAUUUUUGCAUCAUUUAAACUUGGGGGGAAAAAAGUCAUUGAGGGCAGGAUUAAUUAUGUUUUCACAACUUUUUUUUUUUUUACCAGAAAUUACAUUUUAAAAAGAUUUUGAUCAUAAACGAUGACUCAUUUUUGCCCAUGCUUUGGCUCCAAAAUUAUUCCCUCACUGCUUCAUGACUUUGAGAUUUGUCGAGCCCCCCUGAUAUGUGCACCCCAGGUUGAUAUGAUAGAAACUUUACAGUGAUUUGGGAGGUUUCACACUUUUUCAUGUCAGAAGCCUCAAAAGGUUACGCAGACUUUCCCCAUCAUCUAUCCCUGCAAACAGCUUGUGAAAUGAUAACAACUAAAGGCCAAACCACAUCACCACAAUCAGUGGUGUAAGUGCUACACGUAUACGGCACAGCUGUUAGCAAAGAUGGCUCCAGCAAAGGCAAUGAGCUGCUUUAAAAAAGAAAAAAGCUGGAUCGAUGUGAGGUUUUUCUUGGAAACGACACACUCAUGAAUGUUAAUUGGCAGAAAAAAGGUCUUUUCUACACCGAUACGCUCCAUGUGACCACAACGUUAUUGUCACUCAGGGAUCAGACUGCUCACGGCUGCGACAACAGAACUGCUCGACAAAGUGAUUGACGACUAAAUGGUCCACGAAAAAACAACUUUGAAUUUUGAUCGAGAAUUUGUUUGGCCCCGUCAUUUGUGACUUUGGCCUCAUCAGUCCAAAGAUGAUGUAAAAUUAACUUGUGUUUGAAAUGAAGGAAAAACAAAAGUUGUUUUUGACACGGUGGGAAGUCCCUGAAAGCGUAUUCUUGGAAAGUGAUGAGUCAUGUUAAUUCAUAUCAGUUACAUGUGCGGUGGCAUAUAAAAGCUGCCACUCACUUCCCAGGGGGCUGAUAGCAGAGGGUCAAACUAAGGGUUGAAAAACAGCACCGGGUAUGUACGGAGCAAAUGUGUAAAUGUGGACAGACAAAGAUUUCAGUGUUCCACACGACUGCCUACUGACCUCAUGCUGGAUGGGGCUGUCUGACAAAGUCCAUAUGACGGUCAUGAGAUGGUGAUUUGCUUUGAGACAACAGUGAUGUGGAUCAUAAAUGGGUAGAACAUAGAUAUCUGGGUUGUGUGGUUAUUAAUGCUAAUUGUCCAACAUUUUGUUUGCAAAGGCACAUAACCAUAAAGGUUAAGCUAGGGUAUAGGCCAUGCAAGGUAAGGUUAGGUUAGGCUAGGCUAGGCAAGGUUAGGGUAGGCUAGGCAGGGUUAGGUUAGGCUAGUCAAGGUUAGGCAAGGUUAGGGUAUGUUAGGCUAGAUUAGGCCAGGCAAGAUUAAUGUAGUCUAGGCUAGCAAGGUUAGGUUAGGCAAGGUUUUGAUAGGCAAGGUUAGGGUAGGCUAGUUUGAACAGGCUUGUUUUUAAAUGUCUCUUUACUGCAGAUAAUGCAUUUACUUAUUUCCACUUCAAAAAUCAACAAAGUAUUUUAUUGGUCAGGGGUGUAUGGCAACACAAUAUGCUGAUAUUAAUUAAACAUGUAUGUUUAUCAUAUUCCUGUGUGGAACCAAGGAGGGGAUUAGGGGUUGAUGUUGAGUAAUAGCGGAUGAUAUGAGAGAUAUGCAAGUCUGUUGUAUAUAUCAUCCAUUGAUAUUUGUUGAGGUAUUUUAUUCUGAACUAACAGGACAUUGUCUUCCAUAGAGGUGUGCUGCUGACAUGUCCAAAUAUACAGUCAAAUAAUAAAUAAUGACCACUUGUAGGCUGUGACAUCUGCACUGCGAAAUAACGAUAUAGACAGUUAGAAAAUAAGAAAUGAUUGAUGGAGGACAAAAUAAAAAACCCAGGAGAAACCAGGAGAGGAAACACGAACCAGCGUCGGGGUCAGCCAGACAUCAUCGUGGAAUGUUUGUGCUCGCGCAAAGGUUCAAUAAUGUUUAUAUGAGUGCUUUUUAAUUUUACAUGAGAGACGGGAACUCUUUUUUGGCACACGGGAACUCUUUCUCCUAUACCUUUUAACUGUGGAAUGUGGUGGCAAAUCAAACUUCGCUGCCAAGAAUAACGGGACAGAUCUCAUAGUAGAAAGCAACACCGGAGUUUCACUUUAACUCAAACUUCCAACUCAGAACUGAGAUUUAGCAUUUUAUUCAGAAUUUAUUUCUAUGUGUCCCAUGUUACUAAAUUACCCACAAGCUGGUGAUGACAAAGCAAAAAGGUAGGACAAAGUUUAUAUUAAGUGCAAAAUGAUAGGGGCUCAAUAUUAACUACAAGUGACACAGGCCGAGAGAUAUUAUCGUCGUAAAUCACCCACGUCUUUCUUUUCCUUUUCUUGAAAUGUUACCUUCAGGAUUUGUAGUUGUUACUGAGUUAUAUUUGCAUGAUCGUGUACAAUGAAUCACACUGUUUACACUGCAGUUGUGUUUCCCACGUUUCAUGUCCUGUUAACAUCAAACUGAAUAUACCGUCGGCAGAGUUAAAGAUGUAGUAAACUGUUCCAUUAGGGAAUAGGCUUCAGUCUGCAAGUACUUGUACUUUUAAUACUUAAGAAUAUAUGAAAAAGCAAGUACUUCUUUACGUUUAGUGAAAACGUUUAUGUGGUACUUUUUUCUUCUACUUGAGUUAAUUAUUGUAUAUUUAUUUGUACAUUUACAAGGAAAAUGUUUAAGUACCUCACCCAUCAGUGCUCUUUUUCUAAUUGUAUUAGGUUUCCUUCUUGAACACCUCUUUACAUCCUCGUGUCUCAUUACCACAUGUUUAUCCACCUUAAAUCCACUUGUGUCCGCUUUGAACUCAAAAUAGUUUGAGGUGGGUUUUGUGCCUAAUGUACCACUUUCGAUUAUUAUUUUAAAAUUUCUGAAGUGUUGGCAACAAGGAGAAGGAAAAGUCCUGGUUUAAAGAAUUUAUUUUGCCAAUGAUUUACUGACGACCUGUAAAUGCAGA